AUAUAAUUGAUCCACAAGAGGGGAAAAUUUAAUGAAAACACACCGUAGUAAGUCAGACCGCUGUAGGUGUCGUGUGAACGCGCUCGACCAAUCAGCGAUCAGCAAACGCCGAAAAAGACAAAUUGGUUUUUAGUUUGAGGGCAUGUUGUCAGUGGCGUUAUUCAAACGGAACUACGUUAGGCCUAGGAUAGAAGGAAAUGAAAUAGAGAAAGUCUGCGAGGAACGCUCGGGGUAUCUAGUAGGUGUAACCGUCAAAAGCAUUCAUACUGCAUGUUGUGCUCCUGGUGUUUACAUUGGCUCACUGCAGCCCUGACGAGUGACCGUAUAUCUCCGCUGACUGACAGGGGUACUAGCAAUUAUUGAAACGCAUUCCUAUCAACACGUUAUUUUCUAAAGAAAAACGAGUUUGAAGAUAGUGAAGUUUUCGUGGAUAUUUGUGCACAUUUUGUGAUUUUUUAUUUUUUUUUUGUGAAUAAUGAAAGUUUGCCCGGAUGUACAGCAUGGAGAGACAUAGAACGGACUGAGGGAAUGUCUUUUAUAUUCCUGGGAUCGAUGAUUUUUAGCGUGUAACUACAGACGAUUUAUAAUGGGCUGUUCAACAAGACAAUACAUCUCUAUAAUUUUGGUGUGCAUAUUACAGAAUGUCCACGCGUCCUGGUGGUACCUAGCAAUAUUGAGUUCGUCCCCGUCCAGUCAUUCCCCACCAGCACAACACAGGGUCCCAGAGCAACAAUCAGACCAGGGAUCCCGAUGUUCCAAUCUGGCCUUCCUCACACCCCGCCAAAAAGAGUUAUGUGAGCAUGAGAGUCGCCUUAUUAAUGUUGUCAGCCAAGGGGCGUCCAUGGGGAUAUCGGAAUGCCAGCACCAGUUUUCCGCCCGUCGCUGGAACUGUUCCACCUACAACAAUACCAGCGUCUUCGGCAAAGUUCUCCGUAUAAAAAGCCGAGAGACAGCCUACAUUUACGCCAUCUCGUCCGCCGGGGUCAUGUACAGCGUGACACGUGGAUGUGCGCGUGGUGAUCUCGAUCACUGUGGCUGUGAUGACAAGCUUAGAUGGCGGAAAUCUGGCGGAGAUUUUCAGUGGGGAGGCUGUUCUGAAAAUACUAAAUACGGAGCGAAGUUUUCCAAAGAAUUCGUUGAUGAAAACGAGAAAGGCCUUGACGAAUCUGGAUUGAUGAAUCUCUGGAAUAACGAAGCUGGACGAAGGACGGUUAAGUCAUCAAUGGAACUCCUUUGUAAAUGUCACGGAGUUUCUGCGACAUGUACCGUGAAAGUCUGCUGGCGUAAAAUGAAGAGCUUCCGGACAAUUGGCGCCAAACUGAAGGCUAAAUUUGACGGCGCAAGUCUCGUAAAAGUUAAUAAGAAACGCAGAAAGUUAAAACGGAUAACCAAAGAUAUGAAAAAGCCAACGAAAAAAGACUUGGUGUAUCUAGAGGAAUCACCGGAUUAUUGUAACGCUGACGCCAAGUACGGGUCUCUGGGCACGCGCGGGCGACAGUGCAAGAAGGAAAGUUACGGCCUUGAUGGCUGCACGCUCAUGUGUUGUGGUCGUGGUUACCACACCAUCGUCAAAGAGAUUAAGGAAAACUGUCACUGUAAGUUCGUCUGGUGUUGUAGAAUUGACUGUAGGAAGUGUUCUCGUGUUGUCGAAAUGCAUUUUUGCAAUUAACAGUUUGUGCUGCUGCCGUAUCUCUUCAUUUGUGUUUCAUUUCCCUGCUGAUGGUCGUCAUCUACAUUCUGUAUAUUUGCAACAUGAGUUAUAUAUUUAUCUAUUUUGCAUAAAUUAUAUUUAUAGAUAUAACUUCGUAUAUGUGCGUUGCUGAUGUGAUUGUUGUUGAUCAGUCGAACGACUUUGUAUCUCAAGUGGUGACGAAUUUCCCCAAAAUAUGACAGAGUACUGCUAUAAGGGAGGCCUGAACACUUCAUUGUGCAGAUAUACAGCAAGUCUGCUAACGACAAGUGUUCAAAUAUAAUUAAUCCACAUGUACUUCAUUUAUCAACGUGCUCACAGAAAAAUGAGCAUGACUUACCGAGAUUGACGAAAGAAACUUGUGAUAUCAAGGUCGUCAAAAAGAACUUUUGAUGGCAAUGUUGGAAGAAAUUGUCAUGUGUACAUCAGCUGUAUAUAAAAUGUUUCAAGGACAGAAAUACGAGACUUGAUAAGUCUGGUUAAUUGAUAUUGUGCUCUAUCCGUUGUGUUUUGUUUUUGUGUUUGUCCAUCAUAAGUGUUCAGAUUAAACAUGUAUAAAAACACUUAAUAUAUUUAUUGUGUUACACAUUUUAAACAAAUGUAAAUAAAAAGGCAUUAUUUGACGAAAGUACAUCAAUACGAGAUCAAUUUAUGAUUUUAUUUUCGUUUUCAUUUGAACAAAAAGACGGACAUUAACAUACCAGACUGGUCUGUUUUUCAGUGGGCAAGGUACGACGAGUUAAAGCAAAAGGCCCAUGGGGAUGUUAAAUCAAAAGCUUGUUAAAAGCCUGUGUUUUAUUACGAGACAUAUUGAGAUAUACUGAUAUAUUUUGUAGUGUCAGGAAUUUGUAGGCCAGUGUAGUUUUAUCACGGCGGUAUGCCCAUGUCGCUAUGUCGUGCGUUAUAUCGUGUUGUGAAAUGACAUGCAGUAUAUUGACUAUCAUCGAACAUAAAUAUUCUAACACGUCACCAAUUAACGUUAUCGUUUACGCGACAGUUUGUGCUAAUUUCACAAGGCGAUAUAUUCAUCCGCGUGCUAAAUCAAAAUGAGAGAUCGUAUAUAUAAUUCUGGUAGCUUAAUUAAUACACGAUGUUGUAUACAUAUAUAUAUAUUAUAAAUCUACAUUUUCAGACAUGUCUUUCUUCUUUUAUUUUCGCGAACCAUAUUUGUUUUACAUCGGACUUGUCAUGUAAGUAUGAUAAACAAACGAGAUAACAAGAAAAAAACGAAUUAAAACUCAUGACGUAAACUAAGACGAAAUUAGAUAUUAUCGAAACAGAAACGUGCGAGAAGAGAUUUUCCCUGUCUCGGGACAAUAUUCUGUAACAUCCAACCUCGACUUGCGCUUGGUACUGACCGUAGGGUAGUGGUUUUUCUCCGGGUACUCCGGCUUUCCUCCACCUCCAAAACCUGGCACGACACUGGCUGUUAAUAGGACGUAAAACAAAAAAUAAACCAAAUAUUAGGUUUGGAACAUAUCGCAUUUGAAAGAAUUAUAUUGAGCCUAUGCUUCAGGAGGGGGGAUUAAGGGGACAUGGUCAUAGCUACCAGCUUCCCCAACAAACAAUGUCAAGAUUAUGUCUCGGGUAGCAUCACACCACGACAUUUGCCAGAUUGUUAAGCUUAUAGCCUUGGAACAAUAAACUUGUUUGUGCUCAGAUAGAGGUAAUUAAUUUAAUAGGUCUGUUUACUUCUGUCUUUGUAUGAGUGUUAAUACAUAUAUAUGAUGUUAUUAUUAUACAUAUGUAGUGUAAAUUGCCCUUGUUAAAACUAAAUGGACAUGUGUAGCAAGAGGAAUGUCUUUAGAGUAAAAGCGAAGUGAAAAAUAACAAUUAUACCCGAAUGUUGUUACAUUUUCGUCUGUUUUUUCUGGAUAAUUUUAACAAAAAGGAUAUUCCUCUUGUUAAAUAUGCCCCGAUUUAUGCCCCUUCUGGGUUGUGCUUGAUCUUUAUUUUCUGUACAUAAGCAAUUUGUAUAUAUUUCAUAGAAAUCAUACAAUAAAACAUCUCAAAUGUCAAAAUAUCA